AUGUAGCAAACUUAAAACAUCCCAGGUUACACUGGCUUCAAGCCAUCAGAGGAGCCAUUCAUGAGUGCUGCUUACAAGAAGGAGACAGGAGGCAACAAGAUCCCAGGCUAUGCUGGUUAUGUUCCAGGUGUUAAAUCCGAGAAUGUGUUUGGAGAAUCAUAUGGAAAAACUAGUGGACUCUCUGGAAACGGUUAGAUCUAAAGAGGAUUUGAUCAGCCAGCUGAUGAUAAAUUCAAGAGUAUGGCUAAAGCCUCAUAUUCUAAUCAAAGAGAACUCUACCAAACCAUGCAAUAAUAAAAGAACAACCCACCACAAAAGGGACCAUCAGUUGAUGAUAUCCCAAGAAACGUUCAAGCUAAAUUCUUCGGAAUUGAGGAGCAUGACCAAGACAGAUGGACUCAAAAUGAAAAAUUCCAACAAGCUGCUUUAACUUUCUAUGGUGAUGGAAGCAAACUCCAGGAAGUCUACGGCAGAAGAGGAGAGUCUUUCGAUCAAGCAGCUGCUAAGUUCUACGGCUCUGAUACUGUUGUUAAGCUUCAAGAUCCCAACAAGAUCACUCUCUCUUAUCAAGAGGCUAGAUAGGUUGCUUAUCAACAACAAUGA